ACUCGAACUGAUGUACGUACGUACAAAGUUCUACGUUGUUACUGACUGACUGUGCCCGAACGCACGAUGUUAAACCAGUGUAUUACUAACAUGAUGUUGCCACUGGAUGUCAGCAAUCCUUCGGAGACAACGACGGUCAAACACAGAGUCGUCUAACAUCCUCAACUCGGAGAGGCCAGGUUUCACAAGCAUAGAGCGAAACUGCUCUCACCGACGCGUUGUAGAUUCGACCUUUUACAGCCAGACUAACAUCACGAAGGCGCCAAAGAUGGCCCAGAUUGGCAUAAGCCGAUCUGGCCUUCACUAUACGUGCGUUGAUCUCAUCACUCACGCCACCACCAGCACUUAUGAGGCUACCUAGAUACACUAACUUCUCGACAACUUCUUUCUUCCGACCUACUGUUUUUCCAACCUGUAUUUUAAGUCUAGAUAGACAGUUUUUGGGCAUGUGUAGUACGUGUUAUUGAAGUAUCAAGGUUACGUCAACCGACAUCCCAUCUUCACCUAAUACGUUACUUCUAACCUAAUCAUUGCUGUCUUUCCGAAUGAGCAAUGUUUCAUAAACAUU